CGCUCAUCUAGUCAUCUAGACGCCUUCGUGGUGUUCUCGCAAGCUAUCCCGUCCCAGUCGCUAGGCUUCAUUGACACCAAGGCACCGGCCGUCAUCAUCGCCGUCGGAGAAAGAGAUCUUACUAUCCACCAGUCCCGCGGAUUACUCCACUCUGAGAGAAAGCAGGGGACGACGGGUGCAGUUGUCUGGAAAGUCACACCGUUGUUCGCCGAAUGGGUAACCUCACCAAACUUCCUCUUCCAAGCCGGCUAUCUGGGUCCCGACUCUGUUGCCAUCGAGCUUGGCGCUGGUGUCUCUGGCAUCGUAGCGGUGACGCUGGGCCCCAAGAUCAAGAAAUACAUCGCCACGGACCAGGACUACGUUAUUCGACUGUUGAAGCAGAACAUCACCGACAACUUGCCCCCAGGACCUGCUAAUGCCAGCAAGAAGCAGAAGAAUAAGCAGAUACGGCCGCCUGGCACGCCUCUGCAAGGGCCGUCAAACAUUGAGACGCUAGAAUUAGACUGGGAACUCGACUCCCUUUCCUCGCUACCCUCCCUCUUACAGGACAACAUGGGCACGGAAGACGCCCACGGGGUGGACCUGAUCAUUGCCUGCGACUGCAUCUAUAACGAUGCGCUCAUCGAACCGUUCAACACUACCUGCGCUCAGAUAUGUCGUCUCCGCUCAGAGAGCCAGGGUGGACGGCCUACUCUCUGUCUCAUCGCCCAGCAGCUCCGUUCUUCGGAGGUGUUUGAGUCUUGGCUAACGAGCUUCCAUCUCUUGUUCCACGUCUGGAAAGUUCCCGACAAACUUUUGUCGGAGCCAUUAAGAGAGAACUCUGGAUUCAUUGUUCACGCCGGCUACUUGCGGUGA